AUGUUGCUCCUGCGGGCAGCGGGAGGCAGAGCGGUCACACCGGGAGGGGUUUGGGUACGCGCGCCAAGUUUUGAACGCGGGUGGGCUGGCGCUGCGCGGCGCGCCGGGGCCGGGCCGGGCCGGGUCGGGUCGGGUCGGGUCUGGCCGGUCGCCUGCGGAGCGCUGCCCCGGGUCGUCCCGUCCCGCCCGCCCGCCUCCGGACAGCGCGGGCCGCGGGUGCGCUCCCAGCGCUCGCAUCGCCGGAGUGUGCGGGGCCGCCCCCGUCCCCGCGAUGGGGAGGCGGGCAGCCCUUCGCCACCGCCCCCUCCGUACCUGCAGCGCAGACCGCCGCCGCGCCUCCGGCCGAGCUCCCGCCGCCGCCGCUCCCUCACCCGGCAGGAGAAGCGGCUCCGUCCCCGCCCCCUGCGCGCCGCUGCACGCCCGGGCCAGGCGGCCGCCAAGCGGGUCGGUGGGGCGGAGAGCGGCCGCGGAGCCGCCCGGCAGCGUGGCCGGAGCCGGGCGGGGAAGGGCGGGCGCCCCCCUCGGGUGCCUCAGCGGGCGUGUGUGCGGGGUCGCGCCGCUUCCGUGGGGCCGCUGCGGCCGCGGGAGGGCCAGUGCCCCGGGCGCACGUUUUGGGGCGGCGAGCGCGGCUACCGCCGAGCAGCGCGGUGCCGGGCGGCCUGGGGAGCGGUACGGCGUGAUCCCAGCGGCCCUGGCUGCCGUGAGCCAGACACAGCAGCGGAGUCUCGCUGCGCGGCGCUGCACGCUGUUCUUCGGCUAAAUGUCAGUGUGGCCCCGGUGCAAAGGGACCCCGCUCCAGUGCACAGCACGGGAGGGUCGCAAGUCGGGUUUACAGACCAUAGUGCGUGCCCUCCAUCUGGAAGUGUCCCAGGAGAGAACCAGGGCUGCCUGCCGAUGCUGUGGUGGGGCCAGUUGAUGCGUCCCAACCCCCCCGUGCAAUUGGGAUGCUGCUGGCAAGGCUGUGUGACAACAGCUCAUGGAUCCCACCGCUUAGGUACAAUUCCCUGCUCAAGAAAAAAAAGCUCUGUGCUUCUCAGGACAAAGUUGUUCCCUGUGCUACGAGAUCGUGCCCGACACGUCAGCUCGAGCAGUUUUCUGCUAACCUAGAAGAUUCGCUGGCGUUCAAACCCUUAUUGCAGAAGCCAGUGGAACAAUCCAGACUGAAGGGCCAAACCUGGCCUUAAGACUAAGACUGAUUAUUAUGAUGACCUUCUGGAGAAAGGUGGGAUUUGUCUGCAUUUUGCCCCUGUAUCAAGUAUAGCCUCUUACUUCCUUCUUCCAUAGGAAAACACAAUAAGGAUUAAAAUAUUACAUUCUGUAUCGUUUGCUGUA